UCCUGGCAUUUCGCUGAUCAACCAUGACACAACAAUGUGAUGUAGAAACUGGUGACCUUCUCAGUGAGAGAAGACAAACAGUGACACACCAAGGAUGUUGCGUGUGUUGGAGAAUUUAUUCAUUUGCGUCCUGAGAGUCAACGACAACAGCUCAGGCAGCGGCCAUGCGCGGAAGAGUGGCAGUCCUGUUACUUUUACUGACAUGGACAGGUACAUUACUGCAGAUCGCAGCUGGCGACGAGGCUAUUGUGUUUCCCGAUAAAGCCGCAGACAAGUACGGAACAUCACCUCCACAGCCUAAGGGCAGCAGCAGUAACCAUGGAGACAGUGAAGCCAAAGAUGGCGCCAAACCCCGGUUCAGUUAUGACACAGAUGGCCGGAGUACCAAAUUUAAUUUCGGAGUUCAGCCGAGCGGUGGAGGGAUAUCAGGAUCUGCAAGCUUCAGCAGCAGCUACGGGGGACACGGUCAGGCCCAGGGACACACAGCCAGCCAGAGUCACUCUUUCAAUUUUCAGGCAGGCUCCAAUGGCUUCAGCGCCUCCCAGGCUGCUAGCCAGUCUUCAAGUUUUAAUUCGCAGUUCCCUGAUUACUAUGGGUCAGGGGGACUAUCGGUAUCGGGCAGUCAGGCGAGUAGCCAGGCCUCCAGUGUCUCAGGUGGUGUAAACGGAGGGGGGUCUGGUUCUGCUGCUAGCAGCCAGGCCUCCAGCUUUGGUUUCCAAGGAUCCGGAGCUAAUGUUGGAGCCUCCAGCAGCUCUGCAGGUAGCCAGAGUUUCUCCGCGCCUCUGGGAAAUCCUGUCGGUGGAAACGUGUACCGUCCAGCUGCAGGAGUGUCGGGUUCCAACAGUCAUACUGCAGGAGCAUCGUUUGGAGGUUUUGGGGGGUUUCCAAAUGAAAAUUUAUCUCCUGAUUUUAUUAGAUACUUUCAACGUGGCAACAAACGUAGGAAUAAUUCUGACCGCAGGAAGAGACCUGGAUGGUACAACCGCUCAUUCGUUUUUAACAAAAAGAGUGCUAUUGUGUUCCCGGAGUAAAUUACAGCGUGCCAAUGUGAAAAAUACUUUUGUUAUAAUAAUAAUUAUUAUUAUUAUUAUUAUUAUUAAUAUUAUUUAAUCUUCCUAGAAUUUAAUUAGAAGAAAAAGCAAAUACGAACACUCAUAACUUCAGUACCCUAAAUCUCAAAUUCCUGUAGGUAUGUAUAAACACUGCUGAAAGUUGAGUUUUGGCUUCAGAAGAAAGCAAUGAACUACAUUUUAUUGCUCUUUCCUUAGGAAAGUUUCGAGACUCGCUGAAUUAUGAUUGUCAUUAUCUUCACUUAUGGAUUCUCACGUUCAUCCUCGAAUUUAUGUAAGCGAUUUUUAAAAUUUCUUCUGUGAAGUCUAGUCUUAUUAGACACAUCAUCAUCAGUUUCAUUCUUACAUUUAAAAAUUAUAUUUAUUAUAAUAUGAUAUAUUACAAUAUUACCUCACCUGCAAUUAUGAUUGCUCUUAUUAUCAUUAUUAGUACUAUUAUAUACUUUGAUGCACAUGUACAGAAUAUAAGCGUAUUUGAACACAUAAGUAUAUAACUAACUCGAACAUGUUCGGUGUGUACACCUGCUACUGCUGAAGUCAAAACGUGUUCGUGUGUUGUUUCCGCGGACACAAGGUGUUUACACUAGCAAUACACAUAUCCAGCGUUUUUCAGUUCGAUGAAAGAAAACAUUUCAUGUUUAUGUAAGACAGUGCUGGACAGACGGCAGCCAGGCGAUUUUGCAGUGUGAACUAUGAGGUAUUUCAGUUCAGGAAUACUGUGAUAAACUAAACCCAAUAAUAUGUCCAAACUCAUCGAGAUUAAGAAGCUGGUGGCAAUGAAUGAAUGCCGACCUUGACAUUGAAGAUGUUGCAUCCAUAAGCAAAAUGAUGCAGUUCUAUGUCGUAAAAAUGUCCAUUGUUAUGUUCAUUUCCUUGCGUUAAUAUUAGGAUAUAACUAUUUCUUCAAUUCAAACACAAGGCAAAAUUAUUCAAUAAAAUAUAAAUACUGCUGAUAA